ACGGUGAACAACCAUCAGUUCUCAAUCAAAGGAGCAACAGCAGCCAAGACUCUCUCACAAUAAUACAGCUGGAGUUUAAACAUAAUCAGCCAUGAGAGUAUUCAUGAUUGUGGCGCUCGCCACAGUGGCGGUGGCAAGGCCAGAGGCUGGAUACUCUUAUCAGCAGCCAAGCGGUAGCUACGGAGCACCAGGAGGUGGUAGUCUGGGUGGUGGCUCCCUUGGAGGGCUUGGUGGUCACGGUGGUAUCGGCGGUGGAUCCCUAGGAUCCCUCGGUGGUGGUUCAUUCGGACUGGGAAGUGGCAGCAUUGGAUCUAUUUCUGGAUUUGGUGGUAGCUCAGGUGGUGGAUUUGGUGGUAGCUCCGGCGGUGGAUUUGGUGGUGGAUCUGGUGGUUUUGGUGGUGGUUCCGGUGGAUUUGGCGGUGGAUCUGGAGGAUUUGGCGGUGGUUCUGGUGGUGCUCUCAUUCAGAAGCACAUCUACGUGCAUGUACCACCACCAGAGGCACCCGAGGAGAGACCAAUCCGACCGAUUGGACCAAUUGGACAGCCCCAGAAACACUACAAGAUUAUCUUCAUCAAGGCACCAACUGCACCUACACCAACUGCACCAGCAAUUCCAGCGUUCCAACAGGACGAGCAGAAGACGCUUAUCUACGUUUUGGUUAAGAAACCCGAGGAGCAGCCGGAAAUCAGUCUGCCAACAAUCGCACCAACUCAGCCAUCGAAACCAGAGGUUUACUUCAUCAAGUACAAGACCCAGAAGGAAGGUGGUGGAUCAAUCGGCGGUGGAUCGAUUGGCGGUGGAUCAAUCGGUGGAGGUUCACUUGGAGGUGGUUCCCUCGGUGGUGGCUCUUUAGGAGGUGGUUCCCUGGGUGGUGGUCACGGUGGUCUCGGUGGACUUGGAAGUGGCUCAUCAGGAUCAGGCAUUAUCGCUGACGGUGGACACGGUAGCACCGGACCAAGUGGACCAUCCGGGCCAAGCUCGAACUACGGACCACCCGGACAAUCCGGCCCGUACUAGUCAAUUCAAUAAUCGACACAAUCCAAACAACAACACGUUUCCAACGAUGACAAUGACAACAAGAGACAUAACUCUCCAAUUAUCAUUGAUCAUCCAUUCCUCUCCAAACUUGUCCUCAAUGUCUCUCUACGUGAUUACGAUUAGAAUUUAUCGGUAAUUAGUAUAAUUGAAUUGUUCGACGCACGUGCACUGCGCGAUUAUCCUUUUGUGUUUCAAUUGAUAAAAGAGAUACCGCGCGUUGUUUCCACGUCCGACAGACAUCGAAUUAUCAUCAAACAACUGGUAACACAUCGUUGAUCAUAAUCAUUGAAUGCCCAGAUGUACGAUCAACCCUGUGAUACUGUCCUCAUACCAUUGCUCUUCAUCCCUCCUCAUCGAAUUUAUUAUAAUUAUCAUCGUACGACUGUAAUAUACCUGAAGAUCCUCAUGAUGAUGAUAAACUGUUUAAUAUUGUAAUUGAGUGAAAGAAGAUAACGAAGAAUACGACUACGGCGAAGGUAAAAGUCGAAGGAUAGUGAAAACAGAAGAAAAAUGUUUAUACGAUUACUUUUUUUUUUUGCAAGAAAAACGGUGGCGAAAUAAAGCUUCUUUUUUAUUAUUUUUUUU